CCGCUAAUAAAGGGAAAUUCCCAUUAUUUAAUUUCUCCGACGUCGCGAUCGCUUUGAUUUUGCGGUGUCGUAAAGGGUUUUUUUGUCUCAUCCGGGCAGGCUGAAAACUUGUGAGGAGUUACCGAAUUUUGUACAAAACCUUCUCUGCAUGAUGUCGGGUCCUAGCGUUGGAGGUUCCCGACCUGCUGGCAUCUGGGACCGGUGAUAUGCUUCAUCAGUGGUUACUGAAGUCCAUUGAGGUCAUGGACGAGGACUCUCGCUCGACCGACUCUCCGGGCCAGAGCCAGCCCGGUACGCCCCUGCAGGCCAGUCACAGCCCAGGCGCCGUCAACCUCGGACUGGUCGCCGGUGACGCAGCACGCCAUCCGCAGACGUCAAAGUACACGCAGCUCCUGGCGGUCAUCGAGGAGCUCGGGCGUGACAUCAGGCCGACCUACGCUGGGAGCAAGUCGUCGGCCGAGCGCCUUAAGCGAGGCAUAGUGCACGCGCGCAUCCUUGUCCGCGAAUGCCUGAUGGAAACCGAACGCAACGCAAGGUCAUAGCGGGCUGAUGUCGGCGAAAGAUGAGCUAAGCUGGACGCCAGCGUCGUGAAACACGCUUGCAGCGCUGAGAGGAAAAACGCGCAUCGUGCCCGUCUCGGCCUCUCACGAGAAGGGCUUGUUGAGCUAGUUGGCCUGGCACUAUUACUACGAGAGUCUAGCACAAAAAGUUACGCAUAAGUAAGAUAAGAAACACAAUAGACAAGGACCCAUGCUUCUCAUGUCCGCGUUUAGUCUUUCUCAGCGCUGCGGACGCGUCUUAUAACUUUUUAGUCAGUGCGUCCUUAACCCCCACAAAGCCCAAUGUGUCCUCUUUUUCCUACGCAGAGUUUCGAGAUUCGAAACUUCCUAUUUAAAUGCAGGGAACUUAACGUGAAACCUACAGUAGCAUUUUAUGGUACUAAUUCAUUACCGUAGACUCUCAUUAAACGAAACCUGAAGGGACUGAGAAAAUAUGUUCUGUUCAACGGGAGUGCCAUUUACUGGGAGAUGAACAGAGGUGCAGAGUUAGCUAUGAAACCAACCAUAUUAGAGCUAGUAGUUCCAAUUAAGCAGCAAUUCGAUUUAAGAGAUUUCCAUUUACUGAGAGUCUGCUGUACUACGGUAAACAUUUUACUCAAGUAAUAUUUAAUUGCGUUCCUUUUGGAGGCAACGUCCGUGGCCAGCAAUUAUAACGAACAAGAUCGUUCAAGUUAUCCUUUGUUAAAAACGUCGCUUGGGCUUUUGUGGGGUUAAUUAAAAGGAGAUCGAAGGGUGCGUCUUUCAUGAGAUUUACAAUGUAUUAAAGAUGAGCUUUCCUAGACUGCCAAUUCAAUGUCCUCAGUAUCGGACAUCUUUCUCGUUUGGUUCGAGGAUAAACUUCCUCGGGGAUUAGAAAGUGCGUGCGUUUUUCUUGCAAAUGGGCUGCUGGAAACAACCUCGUAAGGCACAUAAGUUUAACGUCUUUGUUGGAUGUGCCUAGAUGUCAUUUUAUAUCGAAACGAGCAUUGAAUGUCGUGCGCAGAUGUCGCAGGACAAACCUGAAUGUCGCCUUGUUUACAUGGACUAGAGGGUCAUUGGGAACUUGUGCCAGCUCUGUCAUCUUAUGUUGACAUUAACGACGCUCCAUUAACACAUCUCCUUUAGCACAUCACGGUGAUGGAAGAAGCCAUUCUUGUCACCUUCAUAUGUCAGUUUGUUAUGAGGGUUUUCCAGGUCGUGGCAGUUGGGAAGUCAUCACAGUGUCUUUUCAAUUUGGUUGUGCAACUUGCAAUUAGUGUAUUCACAGUGUCUGGCAGCAAAAACCACAGUGCAACCAGUUAACAUUGUGAAGUGCUGCUCUGAUUCACUUUUGGCGAGGUGCUAGCACUGUACUCAAGUGCGCGUAGUGAAAUUAUUUUAACACUCAGUUUAUGUUUACAGCUUGGCACGAUCUUAGUUUUGAGGGUACUCUGCGCUUAAAGAACCCUGUACAGCACCCAAAAAUCUAUCUUUGAAUCUCCAAAUGUCAAAACAGUCCACACUUUCCUUUCGUUAACCUCGUUAACCAAAUAACUUAUGGCAUGCACCGAUCUCAGCGCGCUGCUUUCAAAAUGGAAGCCAGUGUCGUAUUGUACAAACGUGCGUGCCAAACAUUGUGUACAAAAUGAAGGAAUAAAAA